AUGCCUCCGACGAGGGUUAUCAACGUCCUCACCCAAUUGCCCUUGAAGAUCGAGGAGAACCCGGGCAGCACCCCUCCCUACAAGCUUCGCCGCACCCGGGGGACGUCGGCGCUCUUUUCGCUGGUCCAAUACCUUGCUGAAAACCCCGAUUAUGAACAACAAGUGGUAGCGUGGACAGGCGAGGCUCCUCGGCUUCUGCUGGAGGAACGACGUUACAUCGAACUGCAACUUCCCGAGAGGAUUCAUCCCGUGUGGCUUGACGACCUGGAAGCCGGCGAAGAUGACACGCAAUUGGUGAAAUGGCGGCGCUACCCUGAAUGGGCACUUUGGCCAGUAUUUCACUACAUUCAAAAUCAGCCUUCAGAUGGUAAGGCUGAGAACGAAUGGUGGCAUGAUUAUGUGAAGUUCAAUGAGGCGUACUUUCACAAGAUCAAGCUGAUCUACAAGCCCGGUGACAUCAUUUGGAUUCACGACUACUAUCUUCUCUUGUUGCCCCAGUUAUGUCGUACUGAAUGGCCCGACGCCACCAUUGGGUUCUUUAUGCAUGCCCCAUGGCCAUCGCUGGAAUAUUUCCGCUGCAUUCCCAAAAGAAGCGCUCUCUUAGAGGGGGUACUUGGUGUCAACCAAAUUGGCUUCCAGCUGCCCCUGUUUGCCAAUCACUUUUUACUGUGUUGUCAACGCAUUGAUGGAUGCCAACUUCCUCGGAAGAAUGUCGUGUCGAGUUAUGGCAACAUCACCCUGACGAUUACUCUCCCCAUUCUGAUUGAUGCCAAACAAACAGAGGCGGAGGCCUUCACCAGCGCUGUUGAUGAAAAGGUGGCUGCUUUGAAAGAGGUUUAUGGGAAUUGCAAGAUCAUUGUUGGUCGCGACCGAUUAGAUAGUGUCAGAGGCGUUGUGCAAAAACUCGAAGCGUUUGAAAUGUUUCUUCAAAUGUACAAAGAGUGGAGAGGUAAGGUGGUGCUUAUGCAAGUCCUGUCGCUUGGUUACUCCCAUGGAGACAAAGUUGAAGACAAAGUUACCGAGUUGGUCACGCGUAUCAACGCAAAGUAUGGCCUGAUUCACUUCACUCCAGUCUUGCACUACCAGAUGUACGUCGUCAAGGAAGAGUACUUGGCACUUUUACGUUGUGCCGAUGUGUGUUUGAUCACCAGUGUCCGUGAUGGCAUGAAUACCACACUGCUUGAGUAUGUGGUAUGCCAAAAGGAUACCUGUCUGCCGUUGAUUCUUCUGGAAUUCACCGGUACUCUGACGGUUCUCAAAGAUGCUAUUCUUGUAAACCCUUGGGAUUCUGUAGGAAUUGCCAAGCAGCUUAACGAGUGCUUGAAGAUGCCAAUGGCGCAAAAGCAAAACCUUGAAUCCAGACUUUACGCGGAAGUGAAAAGUAACACGGUUCAAAAAUGGACCACCAGCUUCCUCUCCAAACUCAUUGCUGCAAAAAACCAUGAAAAUGGUAUAGAGUCGCGGGCAACUCCUCCGCUUGACCGUCCCUUGCUUCACAAUAAUUACGUCAAAGCUGAAAGACGUCUUUUCUUGUUUGAUUAUGAUGGUACUUUGACUCCUAUUGUUCAGGACCCCAACGCGGCUAUCCCAUCGCUGAAAUUGAACGAGUUGCUCAGAGUUUUAGCGAGAGAUCCCAAGAAUGAAAUCUGGAUCAUUCUGGGACGUGACCAGGCGUUUUUGGACAAGUGGAUGGGCGAUAAAAAUGUUGGUCUUCUGGCCGAGCACGGUUGUUUCAUGAAAGAUGUCGAUCUGGAGCACUGGGAAAACUUAGCCGCCAAAUUUGACAUGCUGUGGCAAGCUGAAGUUGAUAAGGUUUUUAUAGAAGCUACUGAAGCAUGUCCUGGUUGUCACGUUGAGCGGAAGAAGGUGGCUUUGACUUGGCAUUACCGCCGAGCGGAAGAUUUCCUUGCUGCUGAACGUCAAGCGAAGAAGACUCACGCUUUAUUAGAAUCCACUGUUGCCAAAAAAUACCCCGUGGAGGUGAUGGAAGGGAAAGCCAAUAUUGAGGUUCGUCCCAAAUUUUUGAAUAAGGGUGAAAUUGUCAAGCGCUUGGUACUUCUGCCUUGGGGCCAACCUCAGGAUCUCCAACGGCCGUUGGAGUAUAACCCCAAAGUCAUGCCAGACUUUGUCCUUUGUUUAGGUGAUGACCAGACUGAUGAAGACAUGUUCCGCUCACUUAUUCAUAUCUCGCAAGAAGCCAACAAUCGCGGACUUCCCCAACGUGAUGAAAAAGCCCAGCCACUAACUCUGGCAUAUGGCUACUUCCCCGUGGUGGUGGGGCCGGCUCUGAAGCAGACGGUAGCUCCUUACCACUUGCACGAUCCCCAUCAAGUGUUGGAAACAUUGGGGUUAUUGGCAGGCCAAGUGCUGGUUUAUGAACUGCCUGGAACGGCAGUCGUUGAAGAGGAACAAGACUAA